AUUACCGCCCGAAAUGGAUACACCAAGGAAUCGUUGUACCCUGCUCCACCUGCUUACCAUCCUCAUCCUGAUACGAGCGGCCACGGGUGGAAAGUACUCCCGGUUUCGACUAGCUGACGUGCAGCGCAAUUCAGCCACCAAUGUGCCGUGCACUUGUGCCAUCUUUCUCACCGGCCAGUUUAACCGUUUCAAUCGUACGGAACAGCCGAAAGGAAAUCCUGGAAUACAGCUGGAGCUGAUGCAGCACUUCCCCUGCACCGCAGCGGGCAACAAGCAGUGUGCGAACAAAUGUUUGGACUCGAUCGUGAAGCAUCUGCACAACUCGCAGAACGUCAUCUGCGCCACCAUUGAUCGGGACUGCUUCCGGGAGCGAGCCUACCUGUUCUACCAAAACUGUGCGCCCCGCUGGGUGAACAGUAACCUCUCGGCGGGCAAGGAGUUCUGCUGCCAGAAUGACAAACCGAUGCGAUGCAACCUGAUGGCGGAGCUGAUACGGCAAUCGCUGCUAGAAAACGAGGCCACCAACAACGGCACCACCAGCAGCGGUAGUUCCGACGAGCAAAGCACAGCCAACCGGUGAUAUAUCUUAAAUAAAUAGCGCACACAUCACUACAGUACAGGCGUUUGAGUUGUUCUUCCUCACAUCAUCCCUUGCUCGUCGCGGACGCCGGGGACAGGGGCUGAUCUUUUAUUCCCGAUGCUUUUUUUCAGAAAGAUGCGUUCGUACAACCGAAUGCGCCAACGCACGUUCCGGAGGCG